AUGCCCGGAGGCGUGUGCGCCGUCCUCGACUAUGAGGUCAACACGAUGGCCGAAUAUGUUGCUGAGAUGGCGACCCGAGUGGUGACCCCCGAGGCCACCGUUACGACGCCGUUCCGCAAAUUUGUGUCCCAGAUCCUUACCUCGACCCGGCUCCCCAGCACUACGAUCCUCUUGGGUAUGAACUACCUCGCCAAGAGAAUCAACGCCAUGAAGGAGCAGGGCCCUUUCAAGGCAUCCGAAGGCCAAGUCUGGCGAUAUCUUACCGUCUCGCUUCUCUUGGGUAGCAAGUUUCUCGACGACAAUACGUUUCAGAACCGCUCCUGGUCCGAGGUCAGCGGAAUCGCCGUCUCGGAACUUAAUGCUCUCGAGUUCGACUGGGUCCAGGCUAUGAGCUGGCGGCUCUAUGUCAACCUUGACCUUAGCAAGGACUACCAGGCCUGGCUCGACAACUGGCGUGAGUGGCAGCAGAUGAAGAAGCGCCUGGCCGCCCAGGCUAGCCGUGAAAGGCUGGUGUCGCUGGUACCAGCAAUCGACACGGAGAUUGCACGCUACCACAAUCACCGCCAGUCGCCUCACUCGCGCUAUGUCCAGGAGCAAGUUGCCGAGUACGAGCGUUAUCAGGCCAUGAAGGCGCAGCAAGGCUACCGGUCUCACUCUGGCUACGGCACGCCGGAAUACGUCAUGUCCGCGACGUCGAGCAACGCACGCUACAACGAGUGGUUUGCGCAGGCCACUGCGCAGUACGCCAACAGAUACCCCCAGCACUCGGGCCACAAUGCAUUUUACCCAAACCACCAGACACCCUAUCAUCACGGGCAAUACCCCUGCCCCAGUUGUGUCGCUCCGAUGAAGCAGACCCCUUACUUCAUGUCCCACGGCUACGGCCAGCCGGUCGUGGGUUGA